CGACACUUGAGCUAAACCGCUGUGGGACUGGUUAAAUACCUCGCUCACUCGCACAUCGCUUAUCUCGUUACUCUAUACUGUCUUUAACAUGCCACCUAGAAAAUCCAAGCGGACCAAGGCCACGACGUCGCCUCCUGAUCAUGAUGACACCGUCGACGCGAAGACGGUAGCUCGAUGGAAGCAUGUGCGCGGCCAGCGCGGGGGACUUAAAGACUUGCUCAAGAUGCCUUUGGAUGUAAUACGAGAGAUCUGCCUAUUGCUUCAUCCCAGAGACUUGCUGAGUCUCUCGCGGACAACAAAGUCUUUCUAUGCGUUAUUGAUGCAGAGAAGCUCUGCAUACCUAUGGAAGGGAUCGAUGAAGAACGUUUGUGGACUGCCUCCGUGUCCGGAAGGAUGGAUCGAACCUUCAUGGAUAUCCCUUGUCUUCACUCCACCUUGCACUGUCUGUGGAACGACCAAGGAUACGACAGUGUACUGGGAGUUCCGUAUCCGGUUCUGCGUGAGGUGCACAAAGCAAAUGUUCAUACCUUGUGAUCAAGCAGCCGUAAUUCUCAGUCCAUGGCAAACGCGAGAGUUCAAACACAUACCACGUACUGCGUUCGUUGAAGCCAUGGUUCCUCGGUUUCGCAGGCUGUGUUAUACAUCCUCCCACCUAUUAGACGUUGUUCAAACUCUUGGAACACGCUUCUCGAUGUACGAGAUGAGGGAUCGUGACAAGCUGGAUAAACUCACGGGUGAAUAUAUUGAGCAGGCGAAGUUGACCCGGGAGCAUGCGGGCUUAUGCCACAAGUGGGCUCAGAAGGAGGAACAUGCACGAACUACGAAGCUCGAGCGCGAACGUUUCGAGAACGUCACGUCGAGGCUACGCAAACUUGGCUGGGGACCGGAAGUUGAUUUCUUACACGGCCAAGAGUACAACGAGCUUGCAGAACACGAGCUUGUGCGGGUCGCUAAGAAGCUCACGGACCGAGUCUGGCAAAAGAUUCAAUCCGAAGUGAUUCAGCUGAUGGAGGACAUCCGCGCAGAACGCCUCGAGCAUGAGUAUACGGUCAUGCUGACCGAGCGUUGGUCGGUCAUGAAAUCUGUUGCAAAGGGGCUCUUGGACCGAUACCUCAGCGAGCAUCCGGAGAUGCUCGAGUACGGGCUCAACAUUGCGGACCUCGCGCUUACGAAGGAAUUCCGCGAAGUUAUGUGCGCGCCUGAAGACGAAGUGGUGGGCAGCGCAAGAUUCCUCGCGCUGGAGGGACAGAUGAACACAAUCGUCGAAUCCUGGCGUUCUCGCAUUCGCAAAGAAGUUCAGGAGCUAUUCGUCAAGCACGGAAUUCCGACGCCUCGACACGGCGACCCGCUUGACCUUGUGACCACGGUAUUUGAGGACGUGCGGUCUUCAGAGCGAAGCUUCUUCCCGAGGAUUGUGUCCCACAAAGCAUUGCGCUCCGCCAAGCCAGAGGCUGGGGGAGAUGCCUACGAAGAGUUCGUGUAUGGAUUGGAUGACGUACACUGCUACGAGACCUGCAGUAUGCUUCGGCCGUUGCCAACCAACGAUGCCAUGCGAGAGGUGAUAAAGCUGUGCGGAAAGGAUCCAGACGUUGCAAGUGUGCAAGAAAUGGAUGCCCUGGAUCUCCGUUUGCUUGACAAGUAUGGCCGAAUAAGGACAUGGCGUGGUGCGGUUAUGGCAUCGUCCGAUGACAAUCAUCACGCGUACAAGCUCGUUGAUGCCGAAGGAACAGCUAAAGUGAAGGAAAGUGAGAUGUGCAAAUUGGAGCAGGAGAAGCUGUGGACCUGCCCCAAGUGCGAGACACCGCAAUUACCCGAAACUCGUGAUGUUGUACUGAAACAUCUCUCUACCGAACACGGGAUCGAACUUCCGGAUAUUACGGACGCAGACCUCAAGAUCAACCGCGCCCUGGAAUCAUCCUUGUUAGCGAGCUGGGCAUCCGGUGACUGUCCACCAUACAAGAACUUCUGGGCGAGAUUUUAGAGGGACAU